GUUUGUGCUUGUGUUUGCCGGUGUUCGACAUCGGUGUCGGUUUUUCUUCAGAAAUCAAAGGAUAUUCGGCAAACAGUUUUAAAUGUAUCCACACGCUUGGUAGCAAUCAGUAAUGCGCACAAGCUUGCGGGCGGCAGACGUUCCGUUUAUGAGUCUAGUUGGUGCUAACAGCAGUGUUUCGCGGGCAGAGUAAAGGAGCUAGAAACUUUGAAAAAUGUCUGAUUGGUCUGAUGAUACAAUUCUAUCCUUUUUGGAAGCAUACCAAAAUGAACAAUGCAUUUGGAAUACUAGAGAUACCAAUCAUAAAAACAGGCAGAAGGUGAACGAUGCGUGGACGCGCCUUAGUGUUCUUAUGAACAAAAGUAUAAAGAAAUUAAAAACUAAAAAAGAAAUAUUAAUGGCUACGUUCCGAAGACAUUUGAAGAGAAAACAGGACUCCAUUCGUUCUGGUGCAGGCGCGGAUGAUACUUAUAAGCCUAUCUGGUUUGCAUAUGAGGUCAUGGAGUCAUUUUUGGGUCCGGUGUAUACCUGCACAAAAAAUAUAAACACAGAGGAGGAAGCCCCAUCGCAAGAAAUAGCGAAUGAAACUGAAGCUAUAGAAGAAGAAGAAGAUAACAAUUUAGGGCAGGCAUCAACUUCUUCCCAUACGCCAACACCUGUGACUUCUCGUCGUCGUCCUGCUACCGAUUCAGCGGAGCGGCAGAUGUCGGCAGCUUUUGGGCAGUUAACGAAUAUUUUAGCUAAAAGACAAAAGGAACAUCCACCGCCAUCAAAGGAAGACGACGACUGCGACCUUUAUGCAAAAUUGUUAGCAAAAAAAUUACGAGAACUUCCCCCUGACGAUAGAAAACUGUUUAUGUAUGAUAUAGACACUUUAUUUAUUAAUAGAAUUAAGGGAAAUCUCAUUAGGCAUCCCACCCUAUCUUCUUAUAACUCAGUCCCAUACCAAUUGUAUUCCGUACCAAAUACUUCACCAAUUUCAAACCGGCCAUCAACAUCCAAAACGUCAUAUUCCGAACCAAAUGCAUCACCGUUUUCAGACAGACCGUCAUCUUUUCAAUCAUCGUAUUCCGAACCGUUGCCAAAUGCAUCACCGAGUUCCAACCAGCCAUCAACCUCCCAAACUUCACAUUCUGAACCCUUGCCUAUUGCAUCACCAACUCUAAACGAACCACCCACCGCAGUUAAUUAUACAACCCCCACAAUUCACAUUAUAUCUAACGAAUUAUUUGCACCACGAACAGGACACAACAUUGUUAAUGAAGCAUUACUUAAAGCCUACGAAAACUUUGAUCACCGUCAAAAUUGAAUAUGUUUAGAUAUAGGUACAUAGGUUUUUGAAUAAAUAUAUUUUUUAUUAACAAUAUUUUUACG